AGCAGAGAGAGAGGUUCUGGAUGGGAGGAGCAGAGAGAAAGAAAGCAGAGAGAGAGAAAGAAAACAGAGAGAGAGAAAGCAGAGAGAGAGAGGUUCUGGAAGGGAGGAGACUUUAAGCUCAGAGUCUGCCCCCAGUCCCCACUCUCAGCACACAGAGAUGAGCCAGGGACAGUUCCCCGUUUUGGUGGGGAGCUCUGUGGCAGGCGAUGCUGAGCUGGUCAAGCUCCUGAAGAGAUAUUUCAGCGUUCGCAGGAAGUCUGGAGGAGACGAUUGCCAAGUGAGCCAACUGAGCAGCAGCACCUUCAAAGUCUGCUUCCAUGACAGGCAAGCACAAGAGAGAGUCCUACGACAGGAGGAACAUGUCAUCCCACGAGGCUCGCUCACGUACAAACUGACUGUCCGAGGUUUCGAAGGUGCCGAGGGCUCGUCAGGGGAGCUGAUUCAAACUCAGGAGGCAAGAGAUAACGAUGGGAAGCUGCCAGGCCCUGAAUGCAGAGCAGCGGCAAAUGGAAUUUAAUCUGGAUAAG